ACUUGAAUGGCAGGCAGCUGCGGGGCUGACACGUAACUAAAGUUAAAGGUGCUAUGGAGGCCUCGUAGGGGACUUGAGGAUUUACUUCUUCCACUAGCGUUUUCGGAUUUCGUUGGGAAUUAAUAUAGUGCAAGGUGGAAAAAGAGGAUUAGCGAUUUGGUUGCCACUCUCGGUUUGUUUUGCAUGUGAACAGCGCCGAGUUGGAGUUUGACGUGAAGUCAAGCGAAAAUCUGAGCGGCUACUUUGAAGUCACAGGGGAGGGUCGUGAGUGGAUUUGGCGAUGUUAAAGUAAUGUCCUCACUGGGAAGUAUUCGCACUGAAACUGUAUCUUCGGCUUAGAAAUGCUCCGGGAGUGUGGGGAGGGGGGUACACUUUAGUUUACUCCAGGACGUUAAAAACUUGUGUCGGAAGUUUCCAACAGCAGAGACGGGGCUUUCUCGUGCAGACAGCGGGGAGGGGUGCGGGUCCAACAUGGGGAACGGGGUGUGCUCCCGCAGGCAGCGCAGGAUCUUCCAGUUUCUCCUGUUGCUCACUGUGGUCUGCGGGAUGAUGUACGGGGGUAUGAUAUCGUAUGAGAUGCACAAACAGCUCAAGAGGACGGAGGCGAUGGCCCAAAAGUACCAACAACACCAAGAGUCACUCUCUGCGCAGCUCCAAGGUACACACACACUCACACAGACACACACACUCACACACAUUGUAGGAUGAUGAGACUAACUGUGAGCACAUCGUGACAGAAUUGAGUGUAGGCUAAUCGUUUGCAUGUGGAGACUGUCACAGCAAAUUCCAAUAACAUAACUACAUUUAAAAGCAUUAACACUAUUUAACAAACUUGAUAAUUUGUAGGACUGGGCGAUUUGGCAAAAAAAAGAUCCCGAUAUACUUUUGUCAUAUCGUCCGAUCUCGAUUAUUAUCACGAUUUUUUAAAAAUCUUUAGUGUCAAAGCAUCUGAACUAGGAUAACUAAAGAAAAUAGAGAGAAGUUCAAAAUUUUACUGAGAUAGCUCCCGUUUACUACUCUGGUAACUUACAGAAGUGAUCAGGACAAGCUUGACUCUGAUUGGCUGUUGCCACGCACAUUUCCAUUAUUUUUGAUCAAGUAAAUAUGAUCACAGCUGAUCAUCUUGAUCCAACUGAAAUUUUUCACGAUCAUUAAUCACAAUCGUAUAAUUGCCCAGUCCUACUAGGUCUGGGUGAUUUGGAAAAAAAUGAUUCUGAUAAAUUUUGUCAUAUUGUUCGAUCUUGAUUAUUAUCCCGUUUUUUUUCUAACUAUCAGUUUUAAAGCAUCUGAAUGAAAAAAAACACAAACUAGAAAUUCGUUUGAUAUUUCAUUAACAUACAAAGUAUAUAACAAAGCAAAUUUGAAUAAGAUAAACUUAGAAAAAUAUAAAAACAUUUAAACUCAACAGUACAACAAAUAUAGAUGAAUACUAAAUAAUACAGUGAACUAGUUUACAGUCCUGAGUGUUUUUGCAGGUAUGUAAGACCCAAAAUAAACAAACCGCGCCCUCAGGGAUAAUGAAGACGCCUUAAUAUGUAUAACGUUAGAUUAUGUAAACAUAGAUGAUUGCUUUGGUGUGGUGGCUUCACCGCUAGUUGUAGCUAAACUGCUAAUGCGAGCGUAGUCGUCAGCAGUGGCAGGCUGUGCAGACUCUGUUCGCAUUUUCAUGCUUUCCGCAUUAUCACUCGAAAAGUACUACUUCAAAAGAUUAAACAGAUUUGUUGUGUUGCCCGUUUUUGAGGGCACCGACCGCCGACAUACCUUGCACAUCGGCUUAAUUGCACAAUGUCACCUUUAGGGAUACCCGAACCAUCGCCACACAACCGACGAGAAUGACUCAUAGUCGUGGUUGACAUCUAUUUUGCUGCCCUCAGCUCUGCGUUUUAGCUCCACAUUUGGUCAUUUACCUGCUUACUUCUCCGGUAACUUACAGAAGUGAGCAGGACAAGCUCGACUCUGAUUGGCUAUUGCCACACGCAUUUCCGUUAUGUUUGAUUGAGUCUAUGCUCACAGCUGAUUAUCGUGAUCGAACUGGAAUGAAUCAUGAACGUAUAAUCGCCCAGUCCUACCACAAAGACUGAUGAAAGUCUUUUCAUGUUUUGUCUGUCCUUACUGAACUACACUGAAUAGCCAAGUUGAAAUUGCCCUUGACCACUGACCCUACUUGUCCUGAUAAUCUUGUGAUAAAGAAGGCUAUGGUCUGGACAGAUUUGGCUUAAAAGAUCAACAGAGUGAUUAUCAGGUUAGACAGAUCUCCCUUUUCCAUUGGCCCACUGUGUAGCUGUAAUGUGACCCCUCACUGCUGACUCAAGGCUAUCAUCCACACAUCAACACACACCUGGUUGUGGUCACUGUGUCCCCCAGGCUCACCUCAGCAGUACACAUCUGUAUACUUAAAAGUCAUGAGGUCAACUCUAACAUCUGCUCCCAUCUGCCACAGCUGGGGGAACAUGAGUUAAAAAUAGGGCUCUGGUUCCACAGAGUUGACUUGUUUGCUUAAACAGUUAUCCUGGUGGAUGUUGCAGUCAUGACAUGACAUUGUCAUGACAUCGUUGUCAUGCAACUACUUUCGUCUGUAAUGUAAUGACUUUGUAGGAUGUGGCCUAGUUUUAGUCUUUUUAUUUCCCAGUCAGUUGUGUAGGCCUUUCCUCAUAAGCUCCACAGACUUUUUGUCAAAUGGAUUCAGCGCAGUAUCAAAGUACAGGGAGCUUGAGUGUUUGUGAGUAUUGCAGGGCAUUACUUAUGUACACAAAUUUGAUUUUUGGCACAUCUAGACAGUAACUGUGAUCACUUUCACUUUAGAAGAAAAACAUGUCAAGCUGAAGACUGACAGUGUGGCACUUAAGCAGACAUCUACCAAAUACAAAACAAACAAACAAAAAAAUACAGAGUGACCAGAAACAGCAAGAGGGUGUAGGCUUAGGUGGUGUUAGAGGAACUGGUUGGUUGAAAAGAAAAUGCCAACAGGUAUCUAAUGUUACCAGGAAGAAGAUCCUAUUCAGCUGCUCAUGUUAUUCUAAUGCAAUGAAAAGAAUGCAGAUGUUUGGUCCUUACUGUGAAGGAAAAUGUUAGUUUCCUUGUGAUUUGUAACAGUAAAGCAGGACAAUGUUGCAAUAUGACCAUAAUGAAUUUAUGUUCAAUUUAACCUAUAAAUAAUCUGACAAGAACACAUUGCCAUGGCAGCACUUUCACACCAAAAUUGAAUAAAAUAUAAAAAAGAAAUAACUUGUCUUCAAAUUGUAAAAAAAACCAAAACAAAACAAAAAAACAAACAAAAGUAACAUUUUUUUUGGUAUGAUUUAAACAAUUUUUAUUCAAUAAAACCACCUUUGAAUCAAUUCUACAUACAAUUUUUUGUUUAUUUAAUUAAUAACCAGAUAAAAAACAGCUCAGAACAAAAUGAUCGACUUAGGUUAACAUAGGUCAAUAAUAGUAGUAAUAAUAGUGUACCUAUAGUAAAAUAAUAAUAAAAGUAGAUAUAAUUAGUGAAAGACAAGUUUACUAUCAGUUUCCUGUCAAUAAAUUCAUAAUUGCUCAGCUCUUGUUGUCUUUUUUUUAUAACAGACCAGUUGAACUACAGUUGGAUCAGAGAUGCUCCUAGUUCUUUGAAAAGACAGUUGUUUUGUAAAAGAUAGAUGGUCAAAAAGUCACCAGCUACUCAGUCACAGUCAUGAAAAGUUGUAACUUCAAGAAAAAAGGUUGUCUUGAAAAUAUCAAUGCACAUUUGUUGACCUUAAGUACAGUUUGUGUCCCUGCUGCUCAGCCAAUUAAAAUCUUGCUUGUUCCACUUCUGGGGAAGAUAAAACAGCCCCGACCUAUGGUGACCUCAGUGAUGUUGUCCCUCCAUAUAAACACUCGAACACAGGCUGCUGUGUGGACUGAAUGUGAGGUUUUUAAUCACGCUUUUUAUGCUCUAGUAUAAAAUUGACAGUCUGGUGCAGAGCCUUCGCCUACACAACCAACUACAGCUUUCCACAUAUGCACCACCGCCCCCAACACACACAAAUUCGGGAGUCAGACAUGGACAUGCUCAGAGUUGCGUAAUGUCACAAGAAAAACGCAGAAGAAGAGAUGUAUUUACAUCUGUGCUGUCAACAAACCAAACAACACAGUAGUGGCUCACUUCAUCUGGUGUAGAAUUUUUCCCUCCACUCAGAAUAGACCUGAGCCAGGUACUGAGAGAAGCUGAAUUGCUCCUAGCAUACAUGAUCAUCAAGUGGGCCAGGUAGCACAUACUGAUCCUGCGUAACAUGAGGAGACUGAAUCCAGCAGAAAAGUUCGUCAUGUUGACGUAGGGCACACAUGUGCAGUCAGGUUAGUUUUGCCCCAACAGAGAGUCAUGAUCGGAAUAAGUGUUUACAUGGACAUGUUUCGGAAUAACGAUCGGCAUCAACCCCCCUUCUCGAUCGGAAUACAACUUCUUUCUGAUCGUGCCGAAUAGGAUCAGAAUCUUAUGAUCGACAUGUUUACAUGACGCAUUUGUAUUCCGAUCAGGCCUUUAUUCUGAUUAUUUGUGCCCAUGUAAACGCAGCUAAUGUUGCCUUAUAUGUACCCAUUCAGUGCCUGUUAGUUGCCAUUGAGUAGCUACCUAUCAAAUUUGUGGAAGCAAAUGCAAAAACAGCUUAGUGACUGUUUGUGUCACUGGAAGAACUUAGGGACAAAUUACUCAGUUAACAUCUAGUUUAGCUCGAUGACUCUACGCCAUACUUCUUUGUGCUGAUUUCUGCAAGGUCAAACGUUUAUUCCACUUGCAGCUUCAGAAAGCACUAUCUGCUUCCUCAAGACUAAAACAUUUCAGUUACAGGUCCCUUUUAUGUACACGACUCCUGUUUCAUUUUUUUCAGCGUGGCAGUAUAAUAUGACACGAAGAAGUGGGUGUUGCUUUAUUUUCGCUUGCGUUGCUUGACUAAAGCAACACACCCUUCCUUUUAUUGUGAAUAUAUGGAUCAUUUAGCCAAUCACAAGGCCCUGGCCACUUGAUACCCAAGCCUGAGUGUUGAUUACUGCUUUUUUGUGUUCUAUAUUUAGAGGUGGGUCAUAGCCCAAGGGUAAACCAACCGUAUUGAUUCACUGCCGCCCACUAUAACCACAAGCUGGCGGUUGUCUGUCAUUAAAAAGGAUCAAGAGGCACUUGUGGUAAUAAUGCACGCACUCUGAUAAAUGUGUUGAUGUGAUUUAACACCCCUCUGUUUAUCAUGGUUUACGUGUCUUUUGAAAACAUAAAUCAAGUAGAGUAAUUACAGCCAGCCUGAGUGAGAGUUAGUGUUUUUAUAUAACACUGCUGUUUGUCUUAAUGGAGGGAUUCAUUAGUUUUUGUCCACAAAAAAGGAAUUUCUCUGCUGUCUUAUUCAGAGAGAAUAACUUUCAAAUUUACACAUUUCAGAUUAAGCACACAACACAAGGCUGCUGUCUUCAAAUGGAAUACGAACAAGCAGCUCUUAUGAAGGCACUAAAGAUAGCAAACCUACCUUUUAUUCUAGGAUUUAAGAUUGUUCAGUCUUAAAUGUCCUAAUCUCUCUACUCUGAUGUGUAUCCACAAUUUGGUCAGUGAGGCAGCGUUUAUCACGGUUGGUUCCCACCUGUCUUAAGUUCCUCAGAGAAACUGAGUUACAUUUCAUUAAUUCGGACAACUGAGCUGUGGAAAGUCACAUCUGCCUGUUGAGUUUACUGUGAAGGGCGAACGACUGAAACAGCCAACUGCUCUCUAGUUUGAUGUGUAAGUGCGGGUUUAUUUUUGGGUCGUGGUUUCUUGAGAUUGUAUUAAAAAAGAUGCAACAGGAGGAAAUAAGAGAAGGAAAUUUCAAAAUGACACUAUGUGCUGCUCAUUUCAGAGCUUUGCAAAACACCUACAAUGACUGAUUUUGUGACUGAGUUAUUUUUUGCAAGUUUUAUUUGGAAAAUAAAAUCAAAAAAAUUAUAUUGUGCACUUACAAAAAAAAAAAAGAACAUCAGGAGCUAUUAAUGUGUAUGCAAUAAAUACUUGAGCAGUAGAGCUGUGAUAGCUGUGAUGAUGUUGCUGUUUGUAGUUGUUCUUCAGGGUAAAAAGAACAGCGUGUGUUUGAGUAUAAGUGGGUGAAGAGAGAUGACUGGCAUAAGUCAUUACUUUUUUAAAAAGUUGAGUGACACAGCUUAGAUGCUCCACUCCGAACUGUUUGUAGAAAAUUAAAAAAUAAAGUUCAACUUAAAUGAACCAAUUAUUUCAAACUUAAUUGAAAUAACUAGUCUUUGUUGAAUGACAUGUACUUUGAGUUUAAUUCUGAGCUGGAACCGUUUCUUUGUGAGUGUGUUUACACAAGCGCAGCACUGCAAACACUCCCAAGUCUUGAACUCAUUUCCCUGCGGGAUUGACAGUAUUCGCACUCCUCACCCACCGCCGGACAGCUCUAACUUAUCGAGUCGACAUCUCCAACAGUAUCCAGUUAAGUUCAAAAGGAUAGAGAGCUCUCUGUUCUUGCUCUGUCUAUGAACUUCAACCACACAGUGAAGGAAAUGUUUGAUCAGUCUGAGGGGAAACCCUAAACAGUGAACAUUCACAGGCUUCCUUUGUUUAUUAAGGUCUAGAUGUGAUAAAGGUCAGUUUAACAGUAAUGGGUGUGGGUGUGUAUGUGUUUGUUUACGCUCUUAAAGUGUUAUGUUUGCACUGUCCUUUUUGCCACUGGCUAUUGAAUCACAAACAAAAAAUAAAGUAUUUAAUGACUUGGAACAAUGUUUGAUACAUUUCUCUUCAUCUUAUUCUGGUGUAAAUAGUUGGCAUGUAAAGCUUAUUUAAUUAUGACUAAAAGAUACCAUAUCCAUAUAAAAACGACUUCGUCUUGUUUUAUUAUUAGUAGGUUCAAUGAUUCAAAAACACAUUAAAAUGGUUAGAUUUUUAUGAUGUAACCAUUUUGUGACUGCUGCCCUGCCUGUCAAAGAUUCCCCCCAGAGAGAGGGUGUGUGUGAAGUGACUGAGCUCAGCCUAAAGUAACAUGGCUUCAUCUCUUCCACUCCUCACUGUUCUCACAGCUGAGCACAUACAGCCUUCAACAAACAGGAGAAGACUUCUUUUAACUCCAUCUCAUCUCUCGAAGAAGAAAUUUAUGAUGCCAGUACAAGUUUGUGAAGAAAGUAGAUAUAAAAGAUUUGAAGAGCAGUCGUUUUCAGACUUUUUUAUAGGCAUUAAAUCUGAGGGUCACAUGUUUCCAGUCUUAUGAUGUGAGGUUGAGGAUUGCAAACUCAGAGACUUUUGAAAACCAAAAUCGGAUGGUGGCUGCUCAAUAAUUACGGCACCUAAAACCACAGAGAUGACUAGAUACGCCAGCAUGCUGUAGAAGCCCACGAAGCGAUGUACCUUCAGUCUGGUUCUUAACAUGGUUUUGGUCUGAGUAGGUUGGGGAUCCCCAGCACCCACUGUAUUGGAAGUACAUUUUUUGUCAGGUGUUCGUUUCAAAGUUAUAAGAUCAGCAAAUCAGAGUCCUGCCUCAGGUAGGCUGACCAAAAGUUAGACGAAGUUAGCAUUUCCAAUAGGACAGCUACCACUGACGCUACGUCCAGUAAUUAAAUUGUCUAUGAUAUUACAAGAGGGUUUGUAUGUUUUUGCAGAUAGUAUAUCUAGGUUAUGUCCUGCUUAAUGGUUUCAGAGCUUUGUAGUAUUUCAAUAGUGUAUUUUAAACAUUCAUGAUACACGUUUUUCAUUCAGCCUCACUUUGGUCCAUCUCUGUCUUUAAGGUAUUUUACAGCCUUCAGUGGAGUUGUGUUUUUGUUUUGGGGUACCCACCUCUCAUGUGGACAGAUCUAGUUAUGCAAAAUGAGAGGGCACCCAUGGAAAAAUAGAUAUUUUUAAAGCUAAAUCCUUGGAUUUUAUAUCAUAUAACUGAUGAAAAUCUGUUUCUUUUAAACCCAGGCCCUCUUUAAGUCCAGAUAAAUAAGAAAGGCAAAGUAUCUUUUAAGCUAUUUAAGCUAAGGUAGCUAAAAACACCAUUGAGAUUCAUAGAGAACACUUAACAUUCAUUGAAAUCCUUUUAAGAUUGUUUUAAAAUCUUUGGAACUGUGCUUUUAAGCAGUAAUCAAAACCUGUGCAAGACUGUCCAGGAGUAAUAAGCUUCAAUAGGGUAACAGCCUUUUGAACAGUAACUCCAGAUUUACAAGUAAAUAGUUUGACUUGGGUUACAGUGAAGAGUUCAUGGCAAAGAAGGACAUGUAACAGCUGUAUUCAGUAAACAAAAGUGUAUUGUUUAUGAUUUGUAUUUGUAGCCCAGAAAUUGUUGGCUAUUGUGCCAAAGUGAUCUGAACUCAAGAGCCCAACAAUUAUGACAUAAAUUAUUGCAUCCUCUCAGUAUAUGUAGUUUCUUCAUCAUCGUAGAAAAAAUAAUAUCCAUGACAACAUUCAAUCCAACGACUAAACGGAAUCAUUUGAGGGCAAAGUUCAGUUACACAACAACCAUCACCAGGCUCAGUCAUAAAAAAAAAACAAUUAAAUGGAAAAAUAUGAUGUCGAAUAAAUCUCAGAAGGUCCACUGUGUCCGAUUAAAUCUUCCGUAAUUGCUGCUUGUUUAAGAAAACCUCAAACUGUCAGAGGGGACGAUUUUUAUUCCCCAAAUGGAAGAAAUGUUUUUAACAUUAUCAGUGACUUUAACUCUUUGGUUAGAUACCCAUAAAGCAAUUCAGUGUACUUGUUUGACUUUAAUGUUGGUCUUUUAUAGCUCAGGUUGUCUGUUACCUUAUGAGACCUUUUAAACUAAGUAUAACCCUCAUUCUCUCUCUGUCAGUAGACCGUUUGUUUCCCUGACUUUCUUUUUCCCCUUAGUCACUGGUUUGUUUAUCUGUCUGCACUCUUUCUUUUUUGCUUGUCUCAUCUGUUUUAAACUUUCCUGUUUCUCUCCCCCUUUUUUUUGCCAACCUCAGUCUUUCAAAUACACUCUUUUACCUUUUAUUUCUUAGUUUUGUUUCCCCUCAUGCAGUUACCAGAUAAUUGAUGGUCUUUCUAGCAGUGUAUUCUGGGAUCUGUUGAGUUGGCACUGAGGAGGAGGAAGAGCCACAUCAUCAGUUGGUUCACCCUGCCCCCCAGCCCAAAGCAGGAGAGAGUCAGAGAGGACAUGGAGGACAUGGAGGAAAGUGGGAGAAAAGAUGACGUAGUACUCACAGUUCGAGUUGUUUGGUAUUGUUGUUAAAAAUAGCUGAGUCAGAGUCAGAGGCUUUCCCAAGACCACAGUGAGAAGUUAGUGCCAGAAUACAUGUGACUCUAGACCUGAUCCCUAUCAACAAAUUAAAGUGUUUAGAUACUAUACUUAGGAUGAGGGGCACAGGGGAUUCAUUAAAGAAGUGUUACUACACACACAAAAAAAAUUAUGUCCAACAUCUCUAACACAUUAUAUUAAAUAUUCUCGCCAAAUAGAGAUAUCUGCACUGCAUUUUAGUCAGCUUUUGUAUGGUUUUUGAAGCUUUUUGAGGUUAUAUUUGUAGGUAGGGGUGUCCUGAUACAACUUUUUUACUUCCGAUAUGAUAUCAAUAUUGUAGCCUUCAGUAUCGGCUGAUAUCGAUAUGAUCUGAUAUUGGCACAAACUUGUGCAUGACAAGUUUUGCACUCAGCUGUAAUGUCUUUUUCUGACUUUAACAAAAAUACUGCCAUACGGCCGACAUCACUCCUACUCCUUGCUACUUUGUUAGAACCUAAGUACACACUGUUGUUGUGAUUACGUAGGCUCUGAAUGCUGGACCCAGGCACUGCUAGCUAGAGGUGCUGGAGUGGAGUCUGGAAUGUACUGCCUUUUAUCGGAGUGCUGAUAUCGGAGAUUUUAGAUGCAGGCCGAUAUAAUUGGAUAUUUGUUGUUUGGCUGAUAUCGGACCGAUAUCCAUAUAAAUAUCCUAUCAGGACAGCCCUAGUUGUAAGACGAAAAAAAACUAUAUCCUUUAACACAAUUAUAUCCGAUUAGAAUAAAGAAUUAUUAUAUGAGUGAAAAUGUUAAAUCAUGUUAGCUUUAUAGGGUGUGACUAUGGUGAAUGCUCAAAGUGAAGCCAUUACCUGAAUAGACAAAGUGUUGUUUCUGCUUUUCAUGCACGUGUCCAACAAAAGAAGGCUUAGAGUUAUGACAUGAGUUUGCAGGUCAAAUAUAAACAACAUCAUUGAUACUUCAGUGCAGAAGAAGAGCACAGAAAUGCAGAGUUCCAUAACAAAAUAGAGCUCAUUUACAAACGGAGGAACAGUCACCUCAAAGACUGACAAGGGUGACUUUUAAUGACAAGAAAUGUAGUUUAUGGAUUUACUUAUGAAGAAAAAUAUUCAUGUUUGAAAAAAGAAAAGGUUUAUUUUGAUGGAAUACUAUAUGCAGUUUUUGUUUUCAUGCUUAAAGUUGAAUAAAUUUGUACUUUGGCAGAUCGAAUGCAAUCUCAUUGGAAUUUUUUAUGUCCUCUUUUCAUAUCCGCUACGCUGCCUUCCUGCUCUGUUUCAUUUGUUGGUUGUUACUUGCUCCAAUUUCCUUUCUAGCAGAAUUCAUAUAAACAGGCACACACAAGAGACCAGAGCCUGCAGAGACUGUUUUUGUCCAGGUGUACUGAAGAGUUUUGUUGAAAACUACAUUUAGAAGAUUUCUUAAUUACAAAGGCUUCAAGUAAAAGUGUUGGAAACAAGUCAACAAGAAAAGAACUGCACCAUGCAAAUCUGCCUUUACUGAUGCAUUGGUUGCACUGUCUGUGUCUGUCUGGGUGUGCCUAUGCGUGUGGCUAUCCUCUUCAGACUACAGUAAUAUGCUGAUCUUAUCUCCAACCUGUCCCUAAUUCCCUCACAAGGGUUGUUUUGGUUUCUGUGGAUUUAAUCUUAAAUCUGAUAUAGUUCAAAAGAGGAGGGAGUAAGAAACAGUUUAUUAAUGGAGUUGAGAGGGACGUUAGAGGUGAAUGUAAAGGCUAGACCAGGAUCUUAUUUUAUUAGUUUUCAGGUUACAAAGGAGCUUCAGGGAUGAUUUUCUUCUGUGAAUGAUUAGAAAAUGAUUUACCAUACACUGACUGUGGCAAAAUUACCAGAUUAUCAUCAAAACAAGCUUAGUCUAUCUUCAAAAUCUCUCCUGCAAUCACUUCCUGUUGCUUGUAGCAGACAAUAACACUGCUUCUAUCUUCCACCAAUGUCAUGAAUAUCACAACUCACUGCCUGUAGAGAAGCUGUCAUGUACAAAAUCACAGCAAAUAUCACAUUCCCACUCCAGCUCUUCUAUUAACCAUAAAAUAAACAUUCUGGCUCAUAUUUUGGUUCCAAAAGACUCCAUGUGGGUUUGUUUAGUCCACAUAUUGAGUGUAGUUUUGUCAUUGUUUCUUCUUGUUUGGAGGAAAUCCUGUUAAAUCUCUGUGGUCUCUAUCUGUUUCAUUUGUUUAGUGGUGUAUGAGCAUCGCUCCAGGUUAGAGAAGUCCCUUCAGAAGGAGAGGCUGGAGCACAAAAAGGCCAAAGAAGGUGAGUUAAACGACACCUUAUUCUGGCUCCUAGGUUGAGGUGUUCAGGGAUUACUAUCCUCAUUAUGAGACAGCUGAAAAUGAGGCAAAACAAUUACUGAACCACAAGACUUAAAAUCAUUAUAGACAUUAUUAUACUUUUACUUUUGUUUGUUCAGUCUUCAAAUAUAUAUAAUUAAAUCAAUGCUGAUGUUCAGCUGUUUUUUUAUAACGCUGGAGUACUAGGGCCACAUUAAGAAUAAGUAAGACUUCAAGAUUAAGGUCGUUAACUUAUGAAAAUAAAGUCUUUACUAACAGUUAUAAAGUCGUAAUAAAGUAAUUACUUACGAGAAUAUAGUCCUUAUAUUCUAACCUGCUGUUGAAGAUGACAGUUGUUGAAAUGAGAGCCAUGGAGCAUUUCAAGAAAAUGUACUUCAGUAUAGGUUUCUCAAACAAGGAGAUAUUUAAUCUUUUCACAAAUCAGUAUCACUUUAUUAUAAAUAGCCUGUCAUGAUGAUUUUAUUACAGCUUUAUUCUCGUAAGUAAUGAUUUUAUUCAGACUUUAUUCUCUUAAGUAAUGAUUUUAUUCCGACUUUAUUCUCGUAAGUAAUAAUAUUAUUCUUACUUAAUUCUCGUAAAUAAUGAUUUUAUUCCGACUUUAUUCUUAUAAGUAAUGAAUUUAUUACGACUUUAUUCUCGUUAGUAAUGACUUUAUUCCUGUAAGUCAAGUUUAAUCUCGAAGUCUUAAUGUUUUUUUUUUUUAAUGUGGCCCUUAUAAACUGUGGUAGUUUUUAGAGGAAUGUAACUUUUUUUUUUCCCCUCACUUUAACAUUUAUUUAAAUGCAUGUUCAGAGUUAAAGAAUCUGUCUGUUUAGUUUUUUUUUGAUUUUAUGACUCUGUGACUAUUUGUAGAAAUUAUUCAGUGCCACUUUGAUUCAAGUUUUUAAAGGGUUCACGUCUGGCUAAGCUCCAUGUCAACCAGAUAUUUUUUUAUUUUUUUUUUACAUACAGCAAAUUUCAUGUAUUAAAAUGAAAUGACAUACUAUUUUUGUUUUCCAGAUUAUCUGGUUUACAAACUAGAAGCACAACAAUCUCUCAAUAAGGAGAAGGUAAGUUCCCAAUUGGUCACUAUCUCUGUCGUCUCUGAGCAUUUAGAAAUACAGUUUAGAAAUACAGUAUUUUGGUUUCCAUUCAUUUACCUCUUCAUUUUUUUCUGUUUGAAUUAUUUUAUCAAAUUGUGAAUCCAAAAGUAGUGCUACAACAGUUGUCAUCGUAAGAUACUAUUAAGUGCCUGUGUCUGUUCUGUCAGGAACAAAAUUGUAAAAUUAAACCUACAACAAAGUCAAAAUUUCUUUUUCGAGAAUAAAACACCCCCCACUCUUUCUACUUUUAAAUCCUGUAUUAAAACUCAUUUUUUAUUCUUUGGCUUUUAGCUCAGCAUGAGAGUUGUGUGAUCGCUGUCCUUUUAUGUCUUUUAUGAUCCUUUUAUCACUUCUAUUUCUUUUAUGCUUUUGUGUUUUUAUUUCAUUUAUUUUUUACCAGUUUCUAUUUAUGUCCUCUUUAUGUUUUCUGCAGUUUUUGUCCUUUUAAUUUUACUGUGCAGCACUUUAGUAAACUUGAAUGUUUUUUUUUAAAUGUGCUAUAUAAAUAAAGCGGAUUGGAUUGGAUUUUUACAAUUUUGUUGUGCAACUUUUUUUUCUGUCUGAACAGCAAGAUGCCAACGGCAGGUUCAAUUCUCUUCAAGUACAGCAUCAGAUGCUGAAGGUACAACAACUCACUCAUAGAUUUAUGUUGACUCAGAUAGUUUAUUCUUUUAGUCAGUGCUGACGCUUAUCUGUCCUCCCUCCUAGUUUUCAUAAACACAUAUACUCUUUACACACGUCCUGUUUGUAAAAUUAAAGCUUGAUGAAAAGCAACACCUCUCCUCUGAUGAAUAAGGCCUUCUUGAUGAUAAGAAAGAACACAAAUUAUAGAUCACAUGUUGACCGCAGCCUUUCCUCAUUGUCAGAAUCAGCAUGAAGACCUAAAGAAGCAGUAUUAUGAGCUUCAAGACCAGCACCAAGUCCAAGGUGAGGACCACAGCCGGCUGCUGGAUGAACACAGACAGCGCUUCGACAAACUGCAGCAAACCAAAGAGCUAGAAGUCUCUCAACUCAAAGGUACUGGUGGUCACAAAUGAAGAUAUUCUGUAUGUUGUUGUAUGUACCUCUCAGGUAUAGUUAGAUACAGGCAUGAGUGGUGACAGUCCAAGCAUUUUCAUUCAGCAUUGUAACUUUGUCUCCAUCUUCUGACUUAAUAAAAUACUACAUGCCUGCUGCUCCGUGGUCAGACUCUUAGUCUUUUGUUAGAAAAACAGUGUGUGCUAAUAAUGUUGAUAUUAUUUUACACAAUUUAAUAUUUACUGCAUUGCUCAAAGAUGUUUGUUCAGCAUUAAAUGUGGAAAAUACUUGAAACAAAGUGGAACCAGUAUUUGGAUCUUGUGCCUAAGGAAAAGAAAAAGAAUAGAAAACUAAAAAAUAUUUCAAUUUAUAUUUUGCAAAUUAGUUUCAGUGCCACCAUUUCAAAGGUUUCCUGUUUCUCUUUCUUUUUUUCCUUUUUUUUGUACUGCAGAUAGUGUUUAUAACCUAAGAGAGGAAAAUAAACAGCUGAGAAAAGCCCACCAUGACAUCCACACACAGCUACAGGAUGCUCAGGUGAGACUAAAUUCAUGUCAAAAAGAAUCAGGGCAUGUAAACUGAGGCCCUCCUCCAUAAAAAAGAAGUAAAAUUCAUGCUUUUGGCUUGCACUUCUGUUGUCAGGUUCGACAUCAGGAUCUGAAAGCAGCCCAUGAUCACCUUGCACUGACACUGGAGGACCACAAGAGUGCGCUGGCUGCAGCACAGGUACAGAGAUGUUUAUUCCAGCCACAGAAAACAGGUGGUCGAUCCAAAUCUGUAUUUGAGUGAAUGAUUCCAAAUCUAUUUAGUACAGUAUAUUAUAGUAUGGUAUAGUUUUAGUAUAGUAUAGUAUAGUACAGUAGAGUACAGUAGAGUAGAGUAUUGACAAUAAAAAAGCAUAAAUCCUGAAUCUUGUGUAGUAUGGUAUGGUAUGGUAUGGUAUUGACAAUAAAAAAGCAUAACUCUCGUAUAGUAUAGAAUAGUUUAGUAUAGUAUAUUACAGCAUUGACAAUAAAAAAGCAUAAAUCUUGACUCUUGUAUAGUAUAGUACAGUUCAGUAAAGUAUAUUAUAGUAUAGUAUAGUAUAGUAUAUUACAGUAUUGACAAUAAAAAGCAUAAAUCUUGACUCUUGUAUAGUAUAGUAUAGUGUAGUAUAGUAUUCACCAUAAAAAAGCAUAAAUCUUGAAUCUUGUGUAGUAUAGUAUAUUACAGUUUAGUAAAGUAUAAUAUAGUAUAGUGUAGUGUAGUAUAGGAUAGUAUAAUGGUAUAGCAUAAUUUAAUAUAGUUUUGUAUUCACAAUAAAAAAAGCUUAGAUCUUGUAUAGUAUAGUAUGAUAUAGUACAGUUUAAUCAGGUAUAGUUCAAUGUAAUAUAGUAUAGAAAAGAGUAGAUAGGAAUGGUUACAGCUAAUAUAGAAGAGCCUAGACUACCAUUGUAUUGUACUUUAUAAACUAAGAUUAAAUAAAGUAUAGUAUGCAGCAAGUUUUAGAAAGGGUAUAUUGUAGUAUAAUGUGGUGUAGUGUAGUCUAGUGUGGUACUGUAUGUUAUGGUCAAGUGAAGUGUUCUGAAGUAAAGCAUCAUAUAGAUUAGCAAAGUGUGUGUUAGUUAAGUAAAGUACGGUGUGGUGUAGUCUAACAUGUUAUUGUUUACUACGGCAAAGUAAAGUUUGGUUAGGUAAAGCUUAGUGUAGUCAAGUACUCAACUUUGUUGUUUAUCGUAGUUCAAUGAAGCGUUGCUUACUUUAGUACGAAAAUAGUACUAUAGUUCUAUAGAGUGUAGAAUAAAGUAGAAUAGUGAUGUAAAGUUAGGUUUGGUUGUUAUAGUAUAGUACAGUGUCUAGUAGUGCUGGGCGAUAUGGAAAAAAAUGUAUAUCACGAUAUGGAUCAUUUUAUAUCACGAUAACGAUAUAUAUCACGAUAUAGCUAUGGUAUGCUUUCAGUUCUAUGAAAAAUUUAAGUGUAUACAGCUGCACUAGUACAGUACCAGUACAAGACCAGCACUUAAAACUAGAAAAAUGAAUAAACAAAUACGUGGCUGAAGUGCGUUCAUGUCUGUGCUCACCCAAAGUUAUGUAACACUUACAGAAAAUGCUGAUAGUGUGAGCCGAAGCACUCCAUAAUAAUAAUAAUAAUAAUAAUAAAUUUAAUUUGUAAUGCACUUUACAUUUACAAAAAAAUCUCAAAGUGCUACAGUACACAGUAAAAAAAGAGCAGCAACAAUAAAAAAAAAGCAAUAGAAUGACAGUCACAGAUUAGCAUAAAAAAGAAUUUAAAAAAAAUAAAAUAUAUAGAGUUGCAAUGUAAGAGGCAAGGUAGUAAAAGCAUAAAGCAUAGAGGAAAACUAACCAAAGGCUUUAUUAAAAAGGUAGGUCUUUAGGGCUCUUUUGAAGAGGUUGUUCACACUGCUAGAUGUUUCUCCUCCAAAGCUGCUCUCUGCCUCCAUCAUUGUUUACUUUUCUCUUGAAGCACGUAGCAAGACCCGAGCAUGAAUCCGAGCGCUUUAUUCGCCUAUCAGGGGCAGACAGGUAAGGUGAUUUGAUUCGCCACGACUCCAGAAAUGAUUGAAAAACUACAGAAUGUCACAAAAUUACGUUUCCUCGCUGCUGGCUUGAAGGGUACAAAUGCGCAGCCGCGCUCCCAGCUGACAGGAAGUCAAACCGCUGUUGUAGUUCUUUUGUGUUGCUAGCGCGGUCAAGAGUGUUUACUCUCACUGAGAGAUGACUACAAAAAUGGACGCACCUGUUCAUCUGGUUGUUAAACACGGCUGAAAAAGAUCAUCUUUUCAUGUUGUUCCCGCUCCUGCCCACUCCCGUUGCUUUUUCCCCCGUCCCGUCCCGAUCAAGAGAUUAAUAAAAAAAACUCCCAUCCCGCGGGAAUCACGUGACCCACGGGAAUUCCCGAAAAAAGUCAUCCUCCACAGGGAAGGUCCCGGAGCAGAUGAAACAGGUGCCGGAGCGGCUGAAAUAGGUCCCAGAUCCGAUCAAAAGAGGUCCCGGAUCGCGCUCCGACUUGCUCCGGCACAAAUUAAGCACUGCUUACAAUGAUCCCCUCACGUGUGUAACCCAGGUAACCCUCAACGGCGGGAGGCGCUGGACAUAAAGAGGGCACGUAAAGCGGCGUCAUGUCGCAAAAUCGAAAGAGAAAUGCAAGCCUACAUGUCAACGCAUCCUUUUCUUUGUAAGAAAAUAUUGUUUUCUUUCCCGUUCGACACCAAAUACACUUACUGAAUGUGCAAUUAUUGUUGUUGUUACUAUGAAUCAUCUGAUGGCACAAGCUCUAUGGAUUAAAUACAACCUAUCGCCCGAAACGAUAAGAAUAAAAAUGGCACGAUAGACAUUUUCUAUCGUGCCAACGAUAUAUACCGUCCAAUCGCCCAGCACUAGUGUCUAGUGUAAUAUAGUACAGCAGGGUAUUGUAUAAUAAAGAACGGUUUAUUCUAGUAUUUAACUGUACAGUAUAGUAUCUUGUAUUUAUGAUAACAUAGACUUUCUCUCUCUCUCAACCCUCUUAAUGGUUUGUAUGUCGUGUUAUUUAGGUGCAGGUGGAUGAAUACAAGCAACUGAGAGAAACUCUGAAUAGAGAACAUAAUGCAAGAGAGCCAGGGAGAAACCCUGCACCCCUGCAGUCACAAGCAGCUGCCAUAGCACCCCAGCCCCAUGUUCAUGAAGCCCAGCAGGUAAACAUACUGGAUCAGGCACAUAAAGAUGAACCGGCCCACCAUGAAGAUCACCAGGACACUGAGUCCAGGGUAACGCCGAGUCUUUCAGAUCCCUUUUUAAGUCAAGUCAAAAGUUAUAAAAUGAAUUCAUGAACACACGUUUUUUUAUUUUCUUCGGUUUGUCACAGUUACACCAUCAAGAUGAAAAUGUACACGUUCAGUCCCAGAACGCAUUGUCAGAAAAAGAGGAAGACAGAGAGGGAGAAGCAGAGAGGAAGAGGGAGCUGGCAGAGGAGGAGAUGGCUCAAGCUGGACAGCCUCAGAAGCUUGAAGAGGACCCAGAUCAGCCUCAGGAUGAGCAGCAGGGGGAAGAGGAAGAGCCAGAACAGGAACAGCCGGAUGAGAAUGCCCUAGAUCAACAAAGACACCAGCCACAACCGGUUAGAACUAGUUCAGACCACAUCGUCUUUUUAAUCAAGUAGAUAAUUGCAUGUUUGAACUUGUUUUUAUGAAGUGUUAUGAAAAAAGCUUGCAAGUAGCUUUCAGAGACAACCUCGGAAACCUCAAAAUGAUGAGUGAUUGUUUUCGUAACAUAUUGAACACAGCUCCUGUUCAGACUGAAGUGCUUAUUAUCUGUGCUUCAUCCCAGAAGGAUUAAAAUUCAAACUUUUUCCCUUUUUUUUUCUGAAGAGUUCACUGAAAUAAUAAUUGUCAUCAUAGCCAUGUGGUCAACUUUUCCCAGGGUCAAGUUAAGUUCAUCUCUCAGCAAACUCUGUGUGGUUUUUUCCCACUCAUUCUACUCCCUUCUCAUUUGCCCUUCUUCUCUAAAGGGGCCCCAGCCUGAACACGCGGCCCAUGCCAAGGUCAAACGAAUCAAGUCAGCUUAUGAGCAGCAGCAGGAGCAGCAGCGUCUGGAGGCUCAGAGGGCUGAGCAGCGCAGACAGAUCCAGCUGCAUCAGGAGGCUCUGCAGGCCCAAAGAGAAAAGGUGCAGAAGGAGAGGGAACAGAGGCUGAAGGAGGAAAAGGAGAGGGAGCAGCAGCAUAACAAAGAGGCUGACAGAAGGGAGCAGCUGUUGAGAGAGGAGCACCAAAGGUCAGAAAUCCUAUUAGAUGGAACUUAAUAAAAGAGCACAAAAACUUUUGAUUAAAUCAGAAAAAAAUUACCUUUUAACAAGAUGUUUUCCUCACAAACCUGGACAUAGAGACUGUAUUAUAACAACAAAAGGAUGGAUUUGAGUAUCUUGUGUUUUUCUGUAAUGUUCUAGGAAGAGAAAUGAGUAUGAGAAUAUGGACAAUGACAUCGUUCAGGGAGAAGAAGUCCAGCACGCUGAUGAUGAAGAAGGUGAGCUAGAAAGAUCACAACAGCAGAUUAGUUUAUCAGAUUAUUGCAUCAUUGAAGUAACAUGAUACCAAAUCAUUGUUUUGUUUACGUUUUGUCGACAGAGAGAGACGUUCAUAUGUUACAUGAUGAGGAGGAGGAGAGACAAGAGGCCGAUCACAGAGGGCAUCCACAUCAGCAGGUGACUGUGUAUCCAUCCUGUCUGCUCUGUCUGUUAACACAUGCAUCCUCAUCAGCUGUCCACUCUUUCUACACAUACAGUCACUUAGCAUUCAGACCAGUGUAUCAUGUGUCAUCCAUCCAUCCACACAUUGGUUAUUUCAUCCUCUCUGUCCACAAUCAUCAACUCAGUGAUCUAUUAAAUCUCCUGAACAGCAGCAAUGCAAUCAAUGGAAUAUUUGAGCAGACUUACUGCUACAGUCUCUUUGUAUUAAUGAUCUGCCAUGCAGCAGCUUCAUUGUUAAUUUUACCACAUCUCUUACUCUUAUUCUGAUGUUUAUGUUGCAUAUAUUUCCGUUUUAAGUAGGGCUGCCACAAACGAUUAAUCUGAUAAUCGCUAGACUUCAAUUAUUUUUGCGAUUAUUCUAUUAAUCGGAUCGUGUAUUUUAAAAAUUUUUUGCAUUAGCAUUUUUAAUCUCAAUGGGACCAACCGGGUCUGGAAAUGUUCAAGAGUAUGUGCUUACUAAAAAAGAAGACAAUUAAGAUAGUAGUUCAUUUCAACCUUUUAUAAAAGUUUGCUUUAUAAAAUAGUAUUAAAAUACAAAAUAGAAAAUGGUAUCAAAAAUAUCUGCCUUGCAGAUCUUGCAUUUCACAGUCUUCCCCUCUAUAUUUUUGGUAAAAUGCUCCCAAACACUCGAGCUAUGCGUCCUGCUUGCCAUUGUUACUGAGUUGUAGUGACAUCAGAUGCCAACUCCUAUGAGCUCUACUGUGCAUGUGUGUCCAGGAUGCAAUUUUUUUUUUUUUUUUUUUUUGUAGGAUGGUAGGGGAAGGUCCUACCCUCCUUCGCCUCUGAUUGGCUAGAAAUGCUGGGCUCCGAUUGGUUAUUCCUAAUGGCUGUGAAACGUCACCAUGUGUCGGGUUAGGAUUAGGAUGAGGGUUAGGGUUAGGGUUGGGAAAUUCAGAAGUGCAAUAAUGUUCUGUAAUGUUGUAUUCAAUGUACAGAGCCGACAGCGUGUUUGGCUUGAACAUGUGAUGAUGUUUCCAGUUUUUCUAGCCAAUCAGAGGCAAAGGAGGCGGGACUUUCCCCUACUCUCCUACAAACAAUAUAUAUAUCGCGUCCAGGACAAGGCACACACAGGAGGCUAUGAGCAGAACGUACUGCGGCACUUUCGAGUGAAAAACAAAGCGAAAAAAAAAACUUGAUUACUACAAUAGUUGUCGACCAUUUCGAUUGUCGAACUUUAAUUGAUUAAUCGAAUAAUCGUGGCAGCCCUAGUUGAAGCUGUUAUUCAGCUACAAGAGCCACUAUUAAUGUGUCCUGCUAAUCAUUCUCUUGUAUUCUUGCUCUCCUGUCCUUUGCAGGGUGGUGUAGAUGGGGAGCUGGACCCUGAGGAUGACCCCAACAACCAGGGAGAAGAUGAGUUUGAGGAGGCUGAGGAUGAGCAACCACAACACAGGGUCACAGUGGAGGAAGAGGAGGUGGGAGAUGAGGAAGAGGAGCCUGCCGCCCCAGCCCAGCACGUAGACACUCAUAAGAGGCCCGAACAACCUGCUGUGGAGGAAGAACUAGUGGUUAGUAAGAGAAAUGGGAGAAAGGGGGAAGUUCAUUCAACAUCAGCUCAAACAACGGCAGAGAUUGCAGCAGACAGCGAACAACUGAGGAUAUGGGCUGGAAUCGACAGAAUAGAAGAGAGGGGCAACCAUGCUGAUUGCAAAAAAAGAGGGGAGAAAACUUCAGGAUCUAUUAAAUGAAAUAUUUUAAAGUGGUGGUAACUCAUCUCAUUUGUUUGUGUUUAGAUGGCCGGAAACCCAGAUCAACAAGAAGACACACUGGAUGACCAGUAUCAGGAGGAAGUAGAAGACGAGGUUUGUUACACUCAUUUUUACCAAAAUUGCUUCAGAUAUCACAAAAAAAAAAAAAAGAAACAUGUCUGACGUCCAAACUCCUUUGUCCUGAAGGCCCAGGAGGAUAUAGCUGGUGGUCAGAAGAGAGGGGAGGAGGUGGAGGAGGAAGGAGAAGAUCCAUACAAUGAGGAAAACAUAGAACAGGUGAGUUCAAAGUUCUAAUACAUAUUAGUCACACUCCUGUUUUAGCCAGAUUCAAGUCAGAAUUCUGAGAAAAGGGUCAGAAUUAUGACUUUAACAUCCAACUAUUAAGAUCUCUGACUUCAGAUUCUAAUUUAUGAGAUUAAAGUCAGAAUUUUGACUUUUCUGACUCUUCUCAGAAUUUUGUUUUUUAACUUGAUCUUUUUUUCCCUAACCCUCUUCUGUAGACGGCCUACUGUGUCAUUACUGAAUUUUAUCUGUUAAAAUGUGUGUGUGCAGCUGCUUGACUCAAAACAAAAAGUUUUCUCAGUUUAACUUGACUAUGAUUUCAUCACACUGGUAUCAAUGGAUUUUCAGUCACCUCUCCAUUGAUGGUUUCCUUGGAUUAGAUUGAACGCUGCAUUUUUGCCCAAAAAUAACGUAUCAGCUGAUAUCAGUUCACAUUUCCAGCUGUUAAAAUGAACUGAAAAAUAACACCUUCAUUACCAAGGUAUCAGAUGUACUGGAUGUACGCAGGGAUAAAGUCGUGUUACCGUGUGUGUCCAUGUCCGUGUUUUGUCCCUGUAACUUUAGCCUUUCUUGUGUCUGUUCUGAUAAAUGAGGGAGAUCAGAUGUUGAGUGUCUGGUUGCAACCUCACUUGUUUUAUUUAAUUUGCCCUGAGAGGAAAUCAGUUUAAUUGAGAGACUUGUGCACAUUUUCAAACUAUUAACACACACAACUAUCUAAUGGUGUGUGUUCCCUGCUCUUGAUUACAUACCAUAUUACAAAAUGGGUUAGACUGAGUAAAUAUUCUGGAGUGUUUUCAGGAAGUGAUAUGAUCUGUAGAGUUGAGUAAUGAUAACCAGCAGCCCAACCUGCUUAUGUGUCCUUGAGCAAGAUAUUUGAGCCCCUACUACUUUCUGUUGUGUAACUGAAACUGACUCUUGACCCAAGCGAACUGUGAUAUUCACUCAUUCAUAACCUGUUUUUUUUUUUUUUUUUUUUCGAGAUGAACAAGAUAUGUGCCAUUCAGAGUCAGUGUGUAAACUGAUGUAGUAAAAAUGUAAACUUUCCCUGCAGAUGAGAAGAUUAAGUGAAUAUUGUCUUAUAUUAUUGUUGUAGUUAUGUCAUUGAGUAAAUGUUCUUGUGUUUCUCUUGUGAUUUGAACUUAGAGGAAUUUUUACUUCAUUCAGGUUAGGCAGUCCACUACUACGCAAUCAGUGUUUAGUCAAACUUGAACAUGGAAGAUACAUUUUUCAGUAUAAAUAGAUGUGCCUUGUUCAAUCCUCAAAUUUAGUUUGGAUGAACUUGUAGAUGAAGAUUUUUCUACAUCUUAAAUUUGUAUAAAAAUGAAAUAAUUUACAAACGAGACAAAGUUAUAGGGAUGGGAAUCACCAGUGGCCCCAUGAUAUGAUAUAAUCACGAUUCUUUGGCCACAGUACGAUAUUAUUAUGAUACUUUGGCCACAAUAUGAUAUUAUCACAGUACUUUGGCCACAAUACAAUAUUAUCACUAAGAUAUUAUCACGAUUCUUAGGCCACAAUACAAUAUUAUCACGAUACUUUGGCCAAAAUACAGUAUUAUCACAAUAUGAUAUUAUCACGAUACGAUAUUAUCACGAUACGAUAUUAUCACGAUACUUUGGCCACAAUACGAUAUUAUCACAGUACUUUGGCCACGAUACGCUAUUAUCACGAUUCUUUGGUCACAAUACGAUAUUAUCACGAUACUUUGGCCACAAUACGAUAUUAUCACGAUACUCAGGCCACAAUACAAUAUUAUCACGAUACUUUGGCCACAAUACAAUAUUAUCACGAUACUUUGGCCACGAUACGCUAUUAUCACGAUACUUUGAUCACAAUACGAUAUUAUCACGAUACUUUGGCCACAAUACAAUAUCAUCACGAUAUGAUAUUAUCACGAUACUUUGGCCACAAUACGAUAUUAUUACGAUACUUUGGCCGCAGUACGAUAUUAUUAUGAUACUUUGGCCAAAAUACGAUAUUAUCAUGAUACUUUGGCCACGGUACAAUAUUAUCACGAUAAUUUGGCCAAGGUACACUAUUAUCACAAUACUUUGGCCACAAUAUGAUAUUAUCACGAUACUUUGGCCACAAUACAAUAUUAUCACAGUACUUUGGCCACAAUACAAUAUUAUCACAGUACUUUGGCCACAAUACAAUAUUAUCACGAUAUGAUAGUAUCACAGUACUUUCGAUAUUACUGCUAUUUUUAAUAUUUUGCAAUGCAGUGAGUAUUCCGAUACAACAUAUUGUGAUUCAUGCAAUUUCUCAACUGUUUAGCUAAUUUAGCAUCUGGCUUUCCUUUAUGUUUGUCUUCUUUACGCUGUAUUUUAUUCUCUUGCAAACCUUAUAUAUAUUUGUUGUACUAACUUUUUCCUGCUCUAUGGUGUCACCUCUGCCAACCUCACUGGACAAACAGUUGAUUUUAUUUUUCCAUUAUCAUAGAUUUGACUUCACAUGAGCAAUUAAUUUGAAAAAUCAAUACUAGGUCCAUGAGACAAUACGAUAUAUCACCAGACAAAACAAUGCGAUAAUAUGCUGCAUUGAUCUGUAUAAUGAAUUAGUUUAAGUGCCUGAAAUUAUCAAUUUUAGGGGAGAAAUUGGACACUCACGAAUUUGUUUAUCAUGGCAAUUAACAGUCUUGCCUGUUGUGUGUGAUAUUUGCUCCAGGAUGAAGUUAAAAACCAAGGGGGAUCAAGAAAAGAGGGGCCUCAUGCUAAAGGGGCAGAGAAUGAGGAAGAGAACUAUGAAGAUGAAGAGGAGGAAGCAGAAGAGGACCCAGACGGUCAGAACAAGGGCACCAAUCGGAGGGCAGAGAUGUAAGGCGUAUACAGAGUCGAACUUGUUGCAGUGCCUUUUCAGCUGGAGCAAAUCUAUGUUUCACUUGUUUCCCAAAGGAAUAAACCCAGCCAUCCGUUCAGAAACUAAGUAAAGAAAAGAGUGAAUAUCUCGUGUCUGGGGGAUAGGCUGCUGUUUAGAAACUGUAGGGAUGGAGCGAAGCAGCUUACACUGUGGGAAUGGACAGAAGAUGCGGGGUUGAAGUAUGAUAAAUACUGUAAUUUUUAAGAUGAAUUUGUUCAUCUGUCUUUUCAUAAACUUGCCUGAUCACCAGCUUGAUCCUGUUUUUCAGCUGCAGACAGGCAGAGAAUGUACUUCUAUUGUUCAGUCUUUUAAGUUUGUAUAAAGAAAGAUAAAUUAUGUAACUCUGGUGUCUUUAUAUGAACAUUUUAUACAGAGAGUUGGAUUUUUGUAGUGUUACAAUUUUCAUUUUUUCAUUCCAAUCAGCCACGUUGUUCUUCUUUUCUCUGUUAUUUAUUGUUGAUUGUAAUAUCUCUGACAAUCAUAAAAAAGUGCAAAAGUUCCCUUUAUUGUCUUUUACUGAUCCGGUUUGUGCCAUAGUUGCUUUUUUACUGCUUCAUGCUGAUCCUACAGAGUUUCAGUUGUAUAUUUCCACAGGUGCUGCUCAAAGAGACAUUUCUGGUGAGACCGUUCUCUACUGAAAGUGUCACACUGACAUGUGCCUUUGCAUUCUUAUGAGCCUCAUCUAGGGUUGUAGUCAUUCUUCACCUUGACGAGCAUUUCAACAGGACAGGAGCGAUAGAGCCUGACUGUUAUUAUUUAACUUCUAGCAUCAGCUUCGGCGCAGGCUACAUAGAGGACUGUAUCAUGACGACUGUUGGGUGAAUGAAAUUCACAAACUUUAUGCAAUUUUCAGCAAAAAUUUUAGGAAACUGUCGGAAAAUGUGUAGUUUAAUAAAUGAUGACAAUUUGUACAUUUUCAAGAGGUUAUAUUUGAUACAAAAGUGGGUUUUUAAUGGUAAUGAACCAUGUCUGUCACCUGAAUGGUGUGUGUGCAAAAUAAAAAGGUUUUCAGUGA